AUGUCGGUACUGCAUAUGUUGACCGGACAUGUAUUGGCGGCAUUCGAGAUCCGAAUCGUCGCCAUUACACAUUUAGUAAUGCCACGCAGAAUUCCAAUCAUGUGGUCUACAACAUUCGUCUCGCUGCUGGUUUUAUUAUUCGCCUCUUACGCGUACGCUUCUCCGAAAUGCAUCCCAGCAGUCAAUGUUACUUGCCCUGAGUUGUGCGAGUGUCAGCUUUGCGGAGAACAGUUACGCUUGAAUAUAGACUGUUGGAAGAUUAAGACAGCGAAGUUACUGAGGAAGGCGGUAAAGCAAAUGCCGACCGAAACCAACCGUCUCUAUAUUGGGUGGAAUCAACUGUCUCAGAUAUUCAAUGAAACAUUCUCACAUUUAACAAACCUGACAAAACUUUACAUUGAUCACAACAAAUUGGACGGCAAUUUAAUACAUCUGGCAGCAUUCAAGGGACUCGGCAAGUUGAAUUAUUUGAUAAUGGGCAACAACCCACAUCCGGGUCUUUUGAAACUGCGUAGAGAAUGGUUAAAACCAUUGGCAUCAUUGACAAAGUUCGAUUUUCAGUUCAAUAAUCUGGAUAAGAUUGAUGAAAAUAUUUUCGUCAAUAACAAUGACUUAGAGUGGAUUAUAUUCAAUAACAACAAUCUCAAAGCAAUUCCAGCUUCCUUGUUUCAAAAUAUGACUAACUUGAACGGAUUGUUUUUACAUCGCAAUGAUUUGAGCCACCUACCACCAGGGAUGCUCAACGGAACAGAUCAACUAACCAGGCUGAACAUCGCUCAUAACAAACUAAGGACCAUCUCCCCCGACAUUGGUUUACAAAAUUUAGAAUCCUUAAAGCAACUACACGUAUACGGUAAUCCAUUAGACUGUGGAUGUGACUUAAUUUGGUUUCGUAAUUGGAUCGACACUACAGAUAUUGUAUGGGAUAUAAACAAUGUAAACUGUUCGGAUGGACGAAACAUCCUGAAAUUCAACCCCGAUGACCUGCGAUGUGAAUUCCCCGUUAUUAUGGUUACUACAGUUUCAGUGGCAGCGUCAAUAGUGCUUUGUGCUAUCAUCGUCUCACUUCGUGCUAACAGAUGGCGAAUCAGAUACGGCAUAUUUGUAUUUAAACGUCGAUUCAAGGUAAAUAAGUACGAAGAAAUCAAAGAUGACGACGAUGAGUUCAAAUAUGACGUUUUCCUCUCGCAUUCCAGUAAAGACGAAGAAUGGGUUUUAAAGGUCCUACACCCAACUCUAGAGAAUCCACCUUAUAAUUAUAAAUUGUGUUUAGAUUAUCGCGAUUUUAUUAUCGGGGAUACAAUCGCUGAUAAUAUUAUUGACGCUGUGCAGAAAAGUCGUAAAACCGCGUUCAUCUUAACCAAAUCGUUUAUAGAGAGUGAGUGGUGUUACUUUGAACUUGAGAUGGUGCGGCAACAGAUGUUUGAUGAACACAGAGAUUUAGCCAUCUUAAUCAUGAAAGAGAAUGUCUCCACCGGUGAUAUGCCAGGAUUGCUGAAGUAUUUAAUGAGAAAGGGUAACUAUAUUGAAUGGAGUGACAACAAACACGGAGAACUGUUAUUCUGGAGCAAACUGGACUCGGCACUGAAAUGUACCAAAACUAAUAUGGUUUGA